AUGGGGAAGAAAUACAUCCUAGGCCUGCGCGGCCGCGCACUUCGCAAUGCGCAAAUCUGGGCCGUCAUCCUACCUGCAUACAUCCUCUUCGGAUACAACAAUGCUGUAGCCGGCCCUUUACUGGACUUGCCAUCUUGGGUCGAGACCUUCCCACGUAUCGACACGGUCAGCGAGGAUCUCAGCGAUGUCCAGGUCACCAACAACUCUCGCGUGCAAGGCACAGUCGUGGCGAUGUACACCCUUGGUGCUUUCUUCGGUGCUCUGAGCUGUAUCUACAUCGGCGAUAGGCUGGGCAGAAUACGAACAAUACAGACCGGUGCUGCUGUCUACGUCGUCGGCGCAGUCUUGCAGUCCAGCUCUUACUCACUGGCCCAGCUUAUCGUCGGGCGGCUGGUAUCUGGUUUCGGCUUUGGCGCGCUGAGUGCUACGGCUCCAAACUGGCAGAGCGAGUGUUCGCAAGCCGCGCAUCGGGGCGCUGCUGUCCUGCUGGAAUCGCUCUUCAUCAGCUCUGGGCUUGCGCUGUCGGCUUGGCUCAAUUUGGGCAUGAGUUUCACCAGCGGUUCCGUCUCUUGGCGCUUCCCGCUCGCCUUCGGCAUUUUCUGGGCUCUGAUCGUUAUCGCCACGGUCGCCCUACUGCCCGAAAGUCCUCGAUGGCUGGCAAAGAAAGGCCGUUACGGAGAAGCGCGCCAAGUGUUGGCUGCUCUCGAUGGACUACCGGAAGAUGACCCGCAGGUCGAGGCGGAUAUCAAUGAGAUCCAGCAAUCUUUGAGGAUCACGGGUCAAGGACGCUUUAUCGAUGUCUUCUCAAACGGAGAACUUCGCCUGUUCAAUCGAACUUGCCUCGCAUGCGGCGGACAGAUGUUUCAGCAAAUGUGCGGGAUCAACGCUCUCGCCUUUUACGUUACCACCAUCUUCCACACCUACCUCGGCCUUUCGGAUGUACUCGCGCGGAUUCUUGGCGCUUGCGUCUUUUCAUUCCAGACGCUUUGCUCGCCCAUUGGUGUGCUGACAGUCGACCGCUUCGGGAGGAGAAAGCUCAUGAUCGUAUCUGCCGUGGGCAUGGGGGUGUGCAUGGCCAUUGUGGCUGGGACCUCAAGCGCCAGCAACAACAAGUCCGCGGUGGCAGCAGCUGGUGCAUUCAUAUUCCUGUUCAGCUUGUUCUUCCCGACCGGUUUCUUGGGCCUUACAUUCCUGUACGCGAGCGAGAUCAGUCCUUUGAGCCACCGGGUGCCGAUUACAAGUAUGUCAACUGGAACAGCCUGGCUGUUUAACUUUUUGGUGGCCGAAAUCACACCCGUCGGAUUUGCAACGAUUGGAUGGAAGUACUAUCUCGUGUUCAUGUGCAUCAAUCUGUUCUUGAUCGCUCCUUCUGUUUACCUAUUCUGGCCCGAAACUACUGGUCGACAUCUCGAAGAAGUUGACCAGAUCUUCAGAGACAGCAACACAAUCUUUGAUCCGCCUAAGAUGGCAAAGCGCUUGCCAACAAGCUCGUUGGCGGACGACGAGGAUCAUUCGACUGAGAAGAUGUCGACGGAGAGAGUGUAG